GGAACUGCGGACCUUUACCUUACCCUUACGGAUGGAUUGACUUUGUCCAAGCGUCCCACAUAUGGCCCCUGGAUAUGGAUUCCCCAGUACUACCGGAUUGGCCGAUUCGAUGAUCUCAGGCCAUGACCGGCCGAGAUUUUAAACAAGUUUGGUUCAAUAGAUCCCCUUUGAUUGGAUGAUGAUGAAGUAUGCCAUGGUGAUAUUAGGGCUUCUUUUAUGCCGUUAUGGAGGUUUCUCGUGUGUUCCUCGGGUUUAUUUGUCUCUUUUUAUAUGUUGUCUGGAUUUCCAUGAUCAGAUUACCUUUCGGCUUUAGAUUAUACUUUUGGUGCCGUUAUAUGCUUUUGAACCUUAUGCCUUGGUAUGGGUUGAAGAUUUGUCUAUUCCUUAUGUUUCUCCUUCAAUAUCAUGUUGUACAGCUCAUUUUGGCUGAUCCGGGUGGCCUUUUGUUUUUUGCACUGCGGUCGACUUCCGUUGAUCUAGAGGUUACAUGGCUGUUGAAUUGUCAUGUUUAUUGCGUUCUGUUGGCUUUUCAGGCUGAACACUUAUAUGAAACUCUGCGCUGGCUCAGUGCUUGGUCCAUUUUUGAAUUGUCCACUAGCACUGAUAAAGCGUUGUCAGCAGCCAGACUUUGUGUCUUUCUCAGGGACAUAUACAAAUACUUUUUGGACUCUACGAAGCGGGAAUACAGUGUUUUUUUCACACUAUAGAGCCAUACGAGCGUUUGCUGGAGGGAGAUGAGGUGGAAAGACAUGGGGCCACAUUGGGGAAAAAUUCCUGCAGAAUCAAUAGUCUGUUAUGCGCCUUCUC